GCUAGACCAGAAAGAAGUAGGAUGCUAAGUAGGUGAGUGCCUUGGUUUUCUCUUAACAGGAAAUUGGAAAAGGAGGCCUACCAAGAUGCCGAAGGGUGGCAGCAUAUCAGAUGGCGCCGGAAGGGUCCUGACCCUCGAGGACUUCAUCGCAGCCCUAGAUCGACAUGAGAAGACCCCGAGUAACGUCCCGAAGGUUGAGACCUUCCAUUUCAAUGUAGAUUGGCUAGAUCUGGUGGAGCAGGCGAUGGUGGGAUUGUUAGACGAGGUGAAAUUCCAGCGCAUUAUGAGGUACGUGCUCCAUGGGCACCAUCAGGAAGUGCAGAAGGUUGUGGAUGCCGCCAAUGACAGUUGGGCAAGGUUUAGGGAGAGCAUGCUGCGCAAGUAUCGGUUAGAGGCAGCCAAAUUGACGAGUCAUAGAGGAGGCAGCGCAAAGCUUACUUGGGCCACCAUCGACAGAGGAGUGGAGGAUGGGAGUUUAGACCAAGUGGAGCAGCAUCAGAUGCGCCUGCAAAGAAGGAAGAGGAAGAAGAGGGACGCUACUGCAUCAGGGACCCCGGGAGUAAAGAGGAUAGUUGCUGAUGUACUUGCGGCGUUAGGCUACGACGGCCAGGAUGCCGAGGCGCAAGAAAAGGUGGUAGUCGUGGUCCAAGGCCGAGGAAAGGAGGUGGGGGAUGAAGGCGCCGGGCAGGAGGAUUACGGCGGGGAGGAGACGGGAUCGCAAAUCCUUACCAAGGCCCAGCGGAAGCAACGCAAUCUGUUGCUGGGAGGCCAAGGGUCUGGCAAAGGGCAGAUCCCCCAGGCAGUUGCCGCAUCGCCAACAGCCGCCGUAACCGUGCCCAUAUCGGCAGGGCCGGCAUCAAUAGGGCCGCCUCCGGCUUGCGGACAUUGGGUACCGUACUGUCAGGCGGCGCCCUGGCCUAGCUGUAGUCAUUGCGCCUCGUGUGGAGGGGGCCAAGCCCAUACUGGACAGAUGGUUCCGUUUUCGGGUCCGUCAACGAGCGCAGGGCCGCCAAGUUUCUCGGCGACGCAAGGCCAAUUCGCGGCCCAACCUCCCCCUUCGCAGCAAGCAUUGCAGGCUAGCGUGGGGUGGAGAGUCAACCUCCCGAAGGUCUUUCUCUAUGAGACCGCGCCGGGGCCGGCAGCUGGACAGCAGAGUAGUCCCGGGGUUGCCGUAGCAGGGUCUGGCCCCAGGUCAGGAAUGACGUUCAGAUCGCCCACCCCGCAUGGGCGGGCGCCACAAGCAACUCAAACCAAGAGCCAAAGUAAGGCGGGCCCUAGUCAGACGCCAAGUCAGGCACCUCCACGGAAGAGACCUGAGCCUGAGCGUAGGAAGAAGGUGGUCGAGGUCCAGGAAAAAGAGGAAGAGGAAGAAGACACGGAGGAUGAGAGAUUUCGUCAGGAGGAGGAUCGGCAGACGGAGCAAAGAGCCCAGAGAAGGGAGGCUCAGGAGAGAGCCGAGCCAGGUCUACAGGAAGGUUUGCCCAGGAAGAGAAAGUACACCGUCAGGUUAGAGGAGGACUUCGACGUGGAAAGGAUGGUGGACCGGCUCCUUGAAGGUCAUAACGACCUUAUGAACUUAAAAGAUAUUCUGGCGUCCGCACCAAGACUCCGGGAGGAGUUGAAAGGGCGAUUGUCUCGAAGGCUAGUGCCCAACGUGUAUUUGAGUAUCGUCUUGCCCAGGGAAGUGGGAUGUACACAAGCUGGGACAAGAAUGGACUGGAAGUGUGUGGCAUGUGGAUUGGUGGACUUGGUAGUAAAAGAGAAGAAGUGCGUGGCAAUGAUGGAUACGGGCGCUGAAAUGAACAUCAUUAGGGAAAGAGAUGCGCUCAUGCUUGGGAUGGAGAUCGACCGUGCAGAUCACAGCAUGCUGCACGGAGCUAACUGCAAGGCAGUUUUUUGCGGCACCGCGUUGAAUGUGAUUAUAGAGAUUGGCAAGGUGCGAGCGAGGACGUGUUUUUUCGUCAUGCCAGAUGUGGACUAUCCUAUUCUUCUGGGCAAAUCGUUCAUGUACAAGCACGAUGGAACGAUGAUAUUGCUCAUGAGUGACCCAGCCUGUGAAAACUAUGAAGUUGUCACCUGUCGGAACACGGGGCCAGGAAGUGAGUGGAAUAGGCCUAACCCCGGCUCGUUCACCUACGUGGAAUCGGAGAAUGAGCGGCGGAGGCUCUGGGAGGAACCCGAGGAGGAGGAUGGGGCGGAGGUACUGUCACUAAGUCUUACAGACCUAAUGAAGAAGAGGCAUCGCGCAUACGCCUUUAAUGACGAUCAGCGAGGGAGGCUGGAUGUGGACAAGAUCCCGAUGAUUUGGAUCCACACGGUCCCCCACGAGCCCUGGAACCUAAGGGGUGCACGAUACCCAAACCCUGAUGAGGAGAAGAUGGUGGUGGGCUAUUUGGAUGGCAAGAUGCGCACGCAUGCUGCCGGCUACUCUAGUGGUCCAUAUGCUUCCCCUUGGUUCUGCUUUAUCAAGUCGAACGGGACGCUACGAGGGUAUGAGCGGAAGGCCGACUUAGUCCUUAAGCCAUUUCAAGAAGAAGAUUUGUGGGGAGGCAAGGACACCCAGUGGAUGAUGAAGUUGACAUUGGCAUGUACACACAGUCUGGUGGAGGAAGUGAGGAUGAUAGGAGAAGGCCCCACUCAGGUAGAGGAGCAUGAACAGCUAAUGGGAGGGAUGUAUCUGCUCACUAAUACGCUCCUGCAAGGAGACUUCGACCAGAGAGGCUCGUUUAGUAAUGAGGAUAAUGAAAUCCUGAUUCCUGAAAGUCAGGACGCUGAGUUCGAAGAGGGGGAGAUUAAGGAGGCGUUUCGGGCGAAGGAGUAUGAUGGGAUCUACCGAGAGUUGGGGUUGCUCCUAUCAUGUGAGAUGAGAGAUAGAGACGCAAGUGCCAAAGCGCAGAAGAUGAGGCACCUCUACGUAGUAAGAGAUGGUCAUCUGUUUAUAAAGCGGCAGGUCGGGAACCCCAAGAGGAUCAUAUGCGGGAGGAACCGGCAGAUUGAUAUCAUAGCGGCCCUACACGAUGGUAUAGCAGGAGGGCACAGAGGGAUAGGUGCCACAUGCACGAAGAUAAGCAAGCUCUACCAUUGGGAUGGAAUGCUGACGAUGGUCAUCAAGUACUGCCAAUCUUGUGUACCUUGCCAGGAGAGGUCAGCGCAAAGGUCGGGAGAGCCUCUGCACCCAAGGUUGGAAAGGGAAGUGGGUGAGGUUGUACACCUGGACCUGUUGUUUAUGCCAGUUGGGGAAAAUGGGUGCAAUUACAUCUUCGAUGCCCGGGAUAACCUUACUGGGUUUGUGGACGGUCGGGCUAUCCGGACGAAGACUGGCCCGGUUUUGGCAAAUUGUAUCGAGGAGUAUUACCUGCGCUAUCCUUUCGUCAAGGAGUUCGUGAUGGAUCAAGGAUCGGAGUUUACCUGCAAUGAGCGAGAGCAUGCAGCCCAGAGAGGAUGGGACGUGUCUGAGAGGGUACGUCACUUGAGGGGAAUUGGGAAGUUCGAGGAGCCCAUUGCGCAAAUCAGGGAGGAGGCCCUGACUUGGUCGGAGGUAGAGGCGAGGAUGCAGAGAUUGAGAGCUUCGCCUUUGGGGAAUGAUGGGCUACCUAUCCGCUUGGAGGAAGGGAACGUGGAGGAGUUCAUCCCGGCAUACAAACAGUAUAUGAGCGAUCAGGGGGUUCCGAGGGAUGAGUGGGUGCAGGCACUACUCAUUUGGACCAGAGGAGCGGAGCGUCCACUGGCGAGGCAGAUCCGGGGUCGGGCACGAGAUUGGGAGGAUUGUCGGGCCCAGUUGAGGGAGGCGUUCCGGCGGCCGGGACCAAAGAGGCCAGAACCCAAGGUUGAUAGAAGGCGGCGGAGCAAGAGGUUAAGAGAUUUGGAGGCAAGAGAGUCGGUGGCAUCGAGAGGCGACCGGAAAGCCUUGGCACAGCGGGAAGAAGAACAAGCAGGACCGACUAGGGCGAGGGAGUCCUUCCCAGCCUGUGGCCUCAGGCAGGUGGAGUUCCAUCCAGUCAUGGAGGGUGACCUACCAGGAUCCUCGCCACGGGCACCAGGGCGGAGGGAGAGCGAGGUACCGGCAGCACCAUUCAGGGGCCUGGAAGCCCACCUGGACGCGUCCCAGUGGGAGGCCUCCUCAACAGGAGUGAGCCCUAUGGACCCAUCAGGAGAGGAGCGAAUUUUCCCCGAGCUCGAGGCAGAGCCACUCCGAUUGAAGGGGUUAGGGGCGGAAGAUGUUAUUGUGGAGAUUGAGGCACGAGGACCGGAAGAAGGGUGGAGAAUUGAGCCCCGCCUAGUCAUUGAUUCAUGUUUAGCCUCGCAUGCAGCUGAGCACCCUGACAUUGAGGGGCCCAGCCUGGUUGGGCCAUCAUCGGGGCCAGCAUGUACUGAGUUAGGGGAGGGCUCGCAAGUUGCGACUGGGGAAGUCACGGAGGCAGGCAUAGGAAAGGAGCCAGAUGAAGCCGCCCAGUUCAAGCGUGCCAAGGUCCGAGCUCGCCUUGCGGAGAUAUAUGAGCGGAGGGACAUGAUGGAGGCUGCAGGGAUAGCGUCAACGCCACCAGUCGACCCUAAGACGAGUGAGCAGAGGAUUGACGAGUUGUGGGCCAGAUAUGAGGGGUGGAGAGAGGCAGCUCGCCAAAGGGCACAAGAGACAGGCCUGGCAACUGAGGGUGCAGACGAGGCAAUAGAGAUUGGAGAGCUGGGUUUUUCUGCCGCUAGGAAGGUCAUCGAGUGGGUGGACAAGGAGAUAAAGCAGACAUCCAUCACGGCCUUUCAAAGGUACUCGCUACUCAGUGAUGAGUUGGCCCUCAGGAAAGGGGAGGUGGAACAGCUGACUGCCCAACUCGCAGAGGAGAGGCUCGAGAACAAGGUCUGGCAAGCUCGCCUAGAGGCAAAGGAGGCUGAGUGGGAGGCGAAGCUCAAGGAAAUGGCGGCCGCAGUGGAAAGACUUGCCGCUACCAAGGUGAUCGACUGGACUGAGCAGAACAGGUACGGCAUCCAAGGCGAGGGGGUGCAAGGGCUGUUUGGCCAAGAGGAGGAAGCAGAGGCAUCUCGGCAAGAGAAGUUGGGGAAGGUAUUUCUGGACCCAGCUGAGGCAGAGGCAAGAAAGGAAGCCAGCAAGGGAAGCUUUGAGUUCAAGGCUCCCACUGAGCUGGCUUCGCAGCAGGAGGCCCCUACUUCGGCAGAUACCCCUAUAGAGGCGUUGACCCAAGAACCCCUACCUGCACCAGUAGAAGAGGGGGCGGCUGAGGAGUCACUGCUGAUCCUUCUGGACGUACAGGAGGGGACUCUCACUGGAGCGGUAGAGCCUCCACAGCUUGAGGCGCAGGGGAAGGAGCCGUCACGUCUGGACGAGUUGGUAGCUGCUAUGAAGUUGGAUAUGCCACCGGAGGAGCCUCAGGAGCAGAGGACCCCGGAGCACGAGCCAGAAAUGGGGAAAUUGAGGGCACAGCUGGGCUCGUGGGCCACUGGGACCGAUUCGGGGGGACCGACUACUGAUCAGCGGCAGCAGGAGGCCACGAGCCAGCCUACUAGAGUCGCUACUCCCCAGACUCCGAGGCCUCGCGAGAGUGAGGAAGCGGCUAUGGCAGAGGAAACCCGCGAGGGCAGGCCACUGAGGUUGGAUACCCCUGAGUACCAACCCGAAGGAGAGAUGCAGCGAGGGGAGUCAAGUGCCCAGGGAACAGAAGGAGGAGCUGAAGGACCGUGGCGCCUGCCCCAGAGUCAUGAAGCGAGCAAGGAAAAGGAAGAGGCACCUCCGUCGUUAGGGGCCCAGAGAAAGAAGAAUAAAUUUCAGAGAAAAUCGAAGGCUAUGUGUUUCUAUUUCCUGGAUGGUGUGCAUAGGGCCCUUGAGUGUCCUAAGUUCCUUAAGGACAAGGCUGAGGGGCGGGUUAAUGAGCAGGAUGGCAAGAUGUAUGAUAGACAGGGCCGAGUGGUAGAGAGGGCUCCGGAUGGGGGUCGAGCCCUGCUGUAUAGGCAAAACCAGGAGGAGAUGAGCGAGUUGGGACUGGUUUGCCUAUACGCCAGUAGAGUGAACCGGGGUUGCGGUGGGCAAGAGGGGAGAGGCGCCCGGACGCGGUUCAUAGCUCGAUCCCUUCGCAGGUCGAGACGGGGAAGCAGCAGUGAUGGCAGGGUGAAUGAAUCGUGGCGCGAUAUUGUGCCGGGUACUUUCAACAGUGAAAACAGCAGCGCGAAGGAGGUGGAGUUAAGGACUUAAGGCGGGUGCGGGGAGAGAGUGGAGUGUCAGAAGAGAGGUCGAGUCGGGAGACCGAAAGUGAGUGGUGAAGUGCAGAGGUACCUGGACGCGUUUUUGCGCCAGGUGCAUUCACGGGUAAGAUGGCAGGGAUGAUGAAGGGGACGAGCGCGGAAGGCAGGGGGUAGGAGUCAUUACACGCUCGUUUUUGCGGGUUGGAGCGAAGGAAGAGGCGAGUGAUCUCGAUGUUAGCCUCAGUGAUGGAUUAGAAGGUUAGGAGUUAGAGUAAAAGCGAUGUGUGCCG